AUGGGAUAUGUUGGAUGGAUAGGGACAUUCGAAGGCAAGAAAGGGACUGGUAAGGAGAAGAAGGUCUUCGAGAGCGAAUUGGUACGCGAGCUGAGGAACAUGGGAGCGAUAAUGUACUGUAAAACAAGCUUAUCACAUACGCUCAAGGCUGGAGAGACAAUUAACAACAUCAUCGGAUACGCGUCCUCCCCCAGGAAUUGGAUACUCUCUGCUGGUGGCAGUUCUGGGGGCGAAGGAGCGUUGUUGCCUCUCAGAGGUAGCUCCUUAGGUAGAGGGACUGAUAUGGGAGGCAGCAAGGCCUGGAAAAUACGACUAUCAUGGUUACGCCGUAGCGGCCAACAUAUUGGAUUAUUCGGCUUAGGUAUUUCCAGUGACACUUGCUGA